GGCGAAAUAAAUUCAGAGAAAAAGGUUUGCUGUGGGUUGCUCGAGAGAGAGAGCUAGAAGAAAUCAGAGCGACUCGGAGGAACAGAAGAAGACAAAGAAAGCAAUUCUCUCUUACACUUUAGAGUUCUUUGGUUUUGAUUCCACUGAACCCUAAACCUCAAUUUCUCUAUCUUCAUCCACAAGAAUGCCAGCUUCUGAAGAUAGAAGAGGGAAAUGGAAACGACGGAAGCGAGGUGGGUUAUCGGCGGCGAGGAAACCGAAACAAGAGGAGGAAGAUAUCGAGGAAGAAGACGAAGAGAACAACAACAAUCACAACAACGAAGAAAUUGAUGACGUUGAUAAUAAUGCCGAUGAGCUUCACCAGAACGGCGGCGCAACUCCCGAUCCGGGACACGGUAUUGGCGAAGUAGUUGAAGAUUCCGGUUCGCGCAUCUCUGAUUUCCCCUCUGUGGUUAAGCGUGUUGUGAUCCGUCCACACGCGUCUGUAACGGCCGUUGUGGCUGCUGAGAGAGGUGGUUUGAUUGGGGAGACUAGAGGUCAAGGUUCGCUUCCGUCUCUGGAGAAUAUUUCCUAUGGGCAAUUGCAAGCGUUGUCUACUGUACCGGCUGAUGCUCUGUCCUUUGAUCUUGAGAGGAGUGAUGGAGCGUCUUCUGCUUAUGUUAUCUCUCCACCACCUAUUUUGGAAGGAGAAGGAGUUGCUAAACGGUUUGGGGAUCUGGUUCAUGUCUUGCCUAUGCAUUCAGGUUUGUUUGUUUCUCUUUGCUCGAAUUUAUUANAUAAUCAUUGCAACCAUUGUUCUCGACCGCUUCCAACUGUGUACUUCCAGUCACAAAAGAAGGGGGAUAUAGUCUUAUGCUCUGAUUGUUUUCACCAUGGAAGAUUUGUUGUUGGACAUUCUUGUCUUGACUUUGUAAGAGUGGAUCCAUCCAAAUUUUAUGGCGAUCAAGAUGGAGACAAUUGGAGUGAUCAGGAAACUCUCUUACUUCUUGAAGCUGUGGAACUCUACAAUGAAAAUUGGAUUCAGAUUGCAGAUCAUGUUGGUUCCAAAUCAAAAGCUCAGUGCAUUCUUCAUUUUCUUCGAUUACCUGUGGAGGAUGGUCUUUUGGAUAAUGUUGAGGUUCCAGGUGUAACUGAUUUGGAAAACCCUGCAAAUGGAUAUGACCACAAAGGAACAGAUUCAGAUGGAGAUAUACCCGGAUAUUCGGAGCAAGAUUCUGACACGGAGAUCAAGCUUCCUUUUGUGAAGUCUCCGAAUCCGGUUAUGGCAUUGGUUGCAUUUUUGGCAUCAGCUGUUGGACCUCGAGUUGCUGCGUCAUGUGCCCAUGAGUCCCUUGCGAUUUUAUCUGAGGAUGAUAGGAUGAAAUCUGAGGGUGUGCAAGGGAAAGAAGCUGGAGAAAAUCAGCAGCAAGAUGAAAACUCAGGAGCAGCUAAAACAUCGAGCCAAAACGGAGCAGAACCACAGACUCCAUUGCCAGAGGAUAAGGUUAUGGUGGCAUUUAGAGCCGGUCUAUCAGCUGCAGCAACGAAAGCAAAAUUGUUUGCCGAUCAUGAAGAACGUGAGAUCCAAAGGCUUUCUGCAAAUAUUGUAAAUCACCAGCUGAAGAGGAUGGAGCUGAAGCUAAAACAGUUUGCAGAAAUUGAAACAUUGUUGAUGAAAGAAUGCGAACAAGUAGAGAAAACACGUCAGAGAUUUGCUGCAGAACGAGUCCGUAUGCUCUCAGCAAGAUUUGGAUCACCUGGAGGAAUCCCUCCACAGACUAAUAAUAAUCUCCAAGGGAUGUCUCUGUCCACAGGUAGUAACAGCAUCAAUACUCUCUUGCAGCAGCAACAACAACAAGUUUCAGCAACAUCUCAACCAAGCAUCAUUCCAGGAUUCAGCAACAACCCGCAAGUCCAUGCGCAGAUGCAGUUCAUGGCACGCCAACAACAACAGCAACAACAAGCUUUCUCGUUUGGCCCGAGAUUGCCUCUCAAUGCGAUACAGACGAAUGCAGGAUCAACGGCUUCACCAAAUGUCAUGUUUGGCAACAACCAACUUAAUAACCCUGCAGGUUCAGGAGGAGCAGCAUCCAUCAACCAACCCUCGUUUAGUCACCCGAUGGUUAGGUCUUCCACGGGUUCAGGCUCAGGGUCCGGUUUAGGCUUAAACUGAGACGUAUCUCUUUAGCUUUACUUAGCUUAUCAGUAUCCAUAUUUAUUUAUUUCCGCCUUGUUAUUUGUUAUUGGCUUUGAGACAGACCGGUAGUGUUGUCCCUAAGUUAGUAGUGUCUUGUAGUAACAAAAUCAUCCUCGUUGUGAAUUAAAACAGUUACCAAUCUUAA